AUGACUGCGGAGGGCAAAGUCUGGAACCAUAAUGAAGGAGAGUACGAGAAUGUCCUCCUUUUCUUCGACACAGGCGCUCAAAAAACUGUUAUUGAGGAAUCCCUCGCUGACCGUCUGGGCUUACUAAGGCAGACUACUGAAGUGUGCUCAAUGUCAGGCAUAGGAGGUUACAUUGAGCGCUUCAAAAGCCACGCUGUGAAUGUAAAACUAAGCACAGUAUUUGGCGAAGAGCUCGAAAUGAAAGUUCGGACAAAACCAGUUAUCACUAGAGGAUUCCCAAGUGUGAAGCUGAUUUCUACUGAUAUUGCGUUCUUGAAAGAGAAGCAUAUUUGCUUGUCUAACUCAAAACUUCGUGGAGAGAGUCAAAAACCUCACAUUCUCGUGGGACUAGACUAUUACCACGAGCUGAUAACUCCAAAUAGUACUGUGCAAACCCCCUCAGGCCUUCACAUUACAAAUACUUUAUUUGGACCCACCAUUUAUGGGAAAGGUGCCUUACAUGCAGAAACCACAAAUGACACUACGUGCUAUGAAAUGACACACAUCCAAGAAAAUCUAGAGACAUUUGCAGCAUUGACUCAAAUUGAAUCUCCACCAAACAGCAGACCACUGACGAAGAUGAAUCCUCACGAACCCAACAGAAUUUCUCCAUGUCCCAUCGGAUUCCAGCAAGAACAUGUGGAUUUGUUUCUUCUCCGAAGAGAAAGCAUCGAUUCGAGUGAAUUGGAAAACUCUGUCAUCGAUAUCCGUGAUCAGCCCUGCGCGGUUAAUCACUUUUACUCAACCAGUAGAGAAUUUUCGUCACCGCCUCGCCCACAUCUUCCAUCGCCGUCCUAUCCACAUCACCAUCGUCAAGCCGUCCGCCUCAGCCAUUCUUCAAACCUACACCACAAAAAGCAGUCUACAUGUGUCAACGAGCUGACUCAAACGCCGAGCCGCUUCAUUCUCCAACGAGCUGAUCAACGAGACGAAACACUUAUUCAUAAUGAUGCACAUACAUAUAUUCGUUGCCCGCGGGAGUGUCGUCGACGACGACCCCUGCAAUACUGUAACCGACUAACAUCCCGGCCUGCCGGCGGUGCUGCAGGGGCUCGGGUGCCUCUCACCUCGAGUGGACUUCUCGAUUGGGGCGGAGUGCGGAGUAUUUCCUAA